CACGUUUUUGCGUCAGUCCGCGCAGUUUUCAAUUAUUUUUCCAUGUUAACAUGCGCGGUCUUUUACCGCGUAUCGCGCAGGAGCGCCGCGUUUAUUAGACGCCGCGUCAGUUUAAACAGAACUACAGCUGUUACAAACGCAUCUCGAGACACCAGCGUUCUGUUCUACUCGUGGCGCUGAAUCUAGCUUUUUUUUGGCGUAAGGACGCGUUCGGUGUGAACGGCCCUUUUCUCCGCGCUGGUCUGUAUGGACCAAUCACACUCGUUUGUAUUUACUGAACGAGAAUAUUUUUUUUAUAUGUUGUUUUAGACAUUACUGGAGCGAAUGUACAUGUCAAGUACCAGUCUCUGAAUUAAAAGAUUAAACCGAGCAGCCUGUAUUUAAUUAUAAACAAAUAUCUUCACCAAGAAAGGUUUUGAGACUCAAAGUAGUGCCUUAAUAUAGGAUUCGAUCCUUUGAGCCUGAUAGCGCCCACUAGAGGAAGACACUCUCAUGAAACAGUUGUUUGCCAGCAAAAAGUCCCUCCCAAUGAACGGAACUCAGCCAAAAUACUAUGAUGAAGACCUGUCUUAAUACUCUUGAGACAACCCAUCGUCUUGGAAAAGUUGCCACGGACAGCAGGACCUUAUUGCAUUUUAUGAGCCAAUCCGUUGCUAUACAACAGUAACCAACGCCGGUAAUCACUGACGGAUUAUCGUAAUAAAUAUUCAUGAGGUACGCCUUCGUCGUAGUAGGAUUCGUAUUUGGUAAAGCGUGAUAUGCGUUGGAGUGAAUCGUCGCUCGAACCCGAAUAAGCGAAAGAAACUGGUUUACUUUGACAGUCCAGCCAGCAUUGUUGCCUAUUUGGUUCCACUUGUGUGUGUAGAGAGAUGUCCCGCUCUCGGAUGUCUUUCCUGUCUUCUGUGCUCUGCUUUGCCCUUUUUCAUCUAGUUUUGUGUCAGAACUGCUCAGAGAACUGUAAAGCAUGUGGAGGAAUAGAGAAAGACCAGUGCUUGCAGUGCCAUACAGGAUUUACCCUGCACGACAACAUGUGUGUAGAUAUUGACGAAUGUGGUACUGAACUGGGUCAGUGCCCUUACAACACAUACUGCUUGAACACCCAUGGGUCUUAUGAGUGCAGAGGAUGUGACAAGUCUUGUAUUGGCUGUGUGGGUGGAGGAGCUGCCCGCUGUAAGAAAUGUGCUGUAGGAUACAGAUCAUCAGGGAUGAGAUGUUUAGAUAUUGAUGAAUGCAGUGAGGAGGUGUUGGCCUGCCCCGGUCUCAAUGUCUUCUGUGUGAACACAGAAGGGUCUUAUCAGUGUCAGUGUGCAGAGGGAUACACACCCAAGGACAACACCUGUGAGAGGAACCAACCAGCAGCUGGUGAAGAAAAGGGUCUUUUUGAUGACAUCCAGGAAGAUGAAAUCGAGGUUCUGCAGCAAAUGUUCUUUGGUGUGGUGCUGUGUGCAUUGGCCACAUUGGCGGCAAAAGGGGACCUGGUAUUUACCUCUAUCUUCAUGGGAGCAGUGGCUGCCAUGGCUGGAUACUGGCUCUCUGACAAGAGUGAUCGAGUGAUGGACACUCUCAUAAGAGGGAGAUAAAUUAUAUAUAUAUAUAUAUAUAUAUAUGCAACAAACUUGUAAAGUUAUUUGCAAUUAAGUUUUUAAAUAGUCUUUUCUUUUUUUCUUUUUUUUUUUUUUUUGUGGUGGUGACACUUUAUUACACUGCAAAAUACCCAUAUGUUGAUGCUUAACUCUAAUUAAUCCAAGGAAAAUUUCAAGAUGCUUGCUAAAUAUAAAAAAGGACUAGUUCACACCAUCAAACUCAUAAAAGGACAAAAAGGUAUGAAAAAGUUUACUUGUGCACUAUUUUCCAAAGUUCUGAAGCCAUAAAAUAGUUUUUGUGAGCAAAGCGAAAUUUAAUUUGUUAUUGACUGAUAAAAUUCCCUUCAUUGUAACUCUUAAAUCCCAUUCACACUUUCAAAUUUAUACUUUUUUUCCAUUUGCAUUUUCAAAUAUUUUUAAAGGUUUGAUGUCAAUGACACCAAACAUGAAUUACUAAGAUUAAAAUGAAACAAAAGAAUAUAUACAAAAUGUUAAUACAUUCUGCUAUAAAAAAAAAUGGCUAAAACAGAAUAUUUCCUUGUGACUGCAUACUAAUUAGGGCUGUCAAUUAAAAAAUUGUAAUCUAAUUAAUUACAUGAAAUGGUGAUUUAUAUAUAUAUAUAUAUAUAUAUACAGUGUAUAUAGUAGUAUGCAUAUAUAUAUAUAUAUAUAUAUAUAUAUACAGGGUUGGGAGGGUUACUUUUGAAAUGUAUUCCACUACAGAUUACAGAAUACAUGCUGUAAAAUAUAAUUUGUAAUGUAUUCCAUUAGAUUACUCAAGGUCAGUAACAUAUUCUAAAUACUUUGGAUUACUUCUUCAGCACUGGUAGAUUUUUUUCACUUGUUUUGACUAUAAAAACUCUGCCAGUACAGUAAGACAAAAUACACAUGUUAAAAAUACAUUCUCUGAAAAACCUAAAUAUCUUAUGCAGUGUUGUUUCUAAAACCAGAUUAAUCAAAUUGAUCUUGUUUUAAGGAUUUUUAGAUAUUUUUACAGGAAAACAAUACAAAAAUUAUUAUCAAGAAUAUAAUUUUUGCCCUAAUAUCAAAGGUCUUACUAGAAAAAAGAAAUUAUGAUCCAACAUGAAUUUUCUUGAUAAAAAAAUAUGAUCGUGCCUGGUAAUGUGCAUGUAAAAUGGCCAGAAAAAGCAUUUUAGCUUAGCGUGAAGCUGACAAUUUACACAAGGUUCUUGUGCUCCAAACUUACUUCUCUGUCUGCUCGUAUGAAUGCCACAUAUCACAAGAAAGUGUUUCACCGCUGUUCAAAUGCACUUUGGAUCAGCAUCAUUUAUAUGUAUAAAUGUUUUCCAUCUGAAAGGACUAAAUAUUAAAUGAA